AUGACAAACGUCAAUACCCCUCGUCAUAAACGAUCCCAAGCAAAAGGACUAAUAUCAAUUCCAUUCCCCACAUCAUCUUCUACAUUCAUGUUAGAUCAACAGGUCAACGAUGAAGAUAUAAAACCUAGAUUUAAUGGUAAUAGUUUGACUCCAAACGAUGGUUAUUCAGGUUUAUUCACAUCUGGAAUGUUUCCAAAUUAUACCCCUCGUCCCGAUGAAUGUUCACUCCCAACACCACCUAGAAACGAUCUUUCUUCCAAUUCCACUACCACUUGUACUUCCACUUCCUAUGCACCUGUGACUCCCGGCAGAAAGAAGAGGUCAUCGAUUAUACACAAUACUCUCUCGUCCACUUCACCUCAGAAAUUCAAAUCAUCCGGAGUUGAUAACGGCGUAGAAAGAGCUUUAGAUGAUGUAAUGCGUAAUUUGAGAGUAUCAAUUACACCAAAUAAGAAAUAUAGUUACUCAGGUAAGAACAGAUUAAAUCAACAAUCAAGAUGGUCUUCUUCUACUGAAGGUAGUACAUGUGAAAAUAAUGAGAAUGAAGCAGAAGAAGAAGAAGAAGAAGGAGGAGGAGAACAAAGUGGUUUUUUCAAAAUUAGAAAAUCCAAUGAAACUUCUCGUUCAAGGUUGACUGUGAAAUCAACUAAAUCCAAAAGGUCUAGGAAAUCAGAAGAUACAAAUAGAGAUGGAGAUACUACGAUCAAUAAUGGGCAAUACGUUGCUAGAUCAGGUAUGGACUUAACCAUGGAUGAAAUUCCACCUAUUCCAUCAAUCACAAUGAUACCGUUGACUCCGGGGAGAAGUAGAAGGAUGAUGAAUGGUUUAGUCAAAAGAUUGGGUUUAACUCCAAAGAAGAGCAAGAAAUCUAUGCCACCAAAUGAUACGUUGACCGCAGAAUACAAUACCCAACCCUCACAUGUGACUCCAACACCGCCACUUCCACUUCCACUUCCACCUUCAUUUGAAAAAAGGACGAUUCCUAAAAAAUCAUCAUUAUCAACACUUCGAUCUGCACUAACAAAGAAGUCAUCUUCUACAACACUUCGUUCUGUUCGAUCGGCCUCUCAUCCCCAUCAUCCAUUCGCAACCCUCUCAACUGAAUUUGAUUCAAUAUCUCCACCGCCAAUGCCAAUGCCAUUUCCAUCUGGAGCUGGAGCCGAAGCUGGAAUAUCUGGUUCGAGACAAGGUGAUAUCCUACCUGAUUGUUUCCCUUCUACACCUAAAGGAGGUAAGCGAACACCGAAAUCUUCUAUCGGUCAACCUAAAUUGCAAUAUGAUGUUUCACCUUCACAUUUCUUAUAUGAAUUACCGCGUAAAGCUCCUUCGACACCUAAAAACGAUUCAUUCAACAUUGAGUCUUUAUACCAAACACCAGGUCGUUCCGGUGGAAAAGCGAACGAUAAUGAUCAUGACGGUAUGAUCAAGUUCGAAGAAGAAGAUUUAGGUGAUAUCAUCAUGUCACCUGACAAACACCAUGAUGAUGAACCACAGAUAGAUCUAGAGCCAGAAUUGGAAAAUGAUGAUUCAAUGAAUCAAGAUUCUUCGCAAGAGAUUUUCACGCCUCACCACCGUCACCAAUCGAGAUUCACAUCAGAGUCCAACUCUCAAGCACAAGAAGUGAUUAGACAGACGAUGAACUCAUUGACCCAAAAUCAACUUGGUUCACCAUUUCAGCCUCAUCAUUUUUCGACUCCGACUUCAACAUUACCCAUCAAACCUCGUCCAACCGGAUUGAAAGUCGAUGCCAACAACAAUAAAUCCAAGAACCACAACGUCAACCUAGUCUCCCCAGAUAUUACCUUGACACCGUUCUCUCGUCCACCUUCUGACAAAUCCGACCAUAAUUUGAAAUCGAAUUUGAGAUCGCAACCGUUAUCAAUGAAAAACAUCAAUUCGAUGGGACUCCCGCUUCCGACUCCUUCGUGCGAGAUUCGAUCUGUGUCGAGAGCAUCAAAGAAAGAUCCGUUAGGUAUAAUGAAGAGGUUCAAAUUAUCUAAAUCAACUAAAGAUGAUAUACCAUUCAGGAAUGGCGCAGGAGAUGGAUGGUCAACUCCCAUGCUCAUGUCGUUCCCAGAACCAAGACCGUCAGGAGUGAGAAAACUAAAUUUGGGUACUCACACUGUCGAAAGUUAUUUCGAUCACAAUGUGGGUGCAAUGGACAGUUAUUUUGAUCAUGAUCAGAAUGUAGGAAGCUUCGGUACACCUGUCAAAUAUCAAUCAAGAGCUUAUAUACCAGAUUUCUCAGUCCCACCGCCAUCAGAAUCGGAAAAUACUUCUUUCCAAAGUCAAAGUCAAAGUCAAAGUCAAAGUCAAAGUCAAAACCAGGAUAAAAUGGAAACCCCAUUUGCUAGAUUCCAAGAUGGGUACGUAUGUCAAAUGGAACAACAAGCAAAUGAAAUACAGAACCAAAGUCCAGAAUACAUCUUUCAGCUUGAGAAUGAGGAUGAGAAUGAACAUGAUAUCCCCCGAGGAGGUCUAGAAUGGAGAAAGCGAAUUAAGAAAUCAAGUGAGAUUAGUGAAGGUGCCAAAAGUGGAUUUACGAUGCAUACUAUGACUACGGGUGAAGGUGUUGAAGAAUGGGAAUUGGAGAGGUACUUGAGGGAUUUAGAAGGGGAAGUAGCUUAG